UGUGUGUGUGUCAGAGGAGCAGUCCCAUACCGUCUCUCUGUGUGUCUCAGUGGACACUGCACAGUAAGGAUACUGUCAGGGACUUGGAAUACUCUUCCUCUGUUUCUCUCUUACUUCCAGCAGGUUCUGUUCAGGAACGCAGCUAGGUGACUGUGUGUGUGUGCGUGUGUGUCGGGCCGGGCGGUCCAGGUCAACACAGUGUGUGUGUACGAUGCUACGAGUGUUUAUCCUGUGUGCUGAGAGGCUUCAUACAGAAGACGAUGACGUCAGUGAUGCCUACUGCAGAGUCGUCUAUGAAGGAUCGAAAAAGAAGACAAAAGUCAUCAAGAAUAACAUAAACCCUGUCUGGAAUGAGGGUUUUGAGUGGGACCUGAAGGGAAUACCUCUGGAUUCAGGAGCUGAGCUUCAUUUGGUGGUCAAGGAUCACGAGAAGAUGGGGAGGAACAGGUUCCUGGGGGAGAGUCGAGUGGCUCUCAGGGACAUCCUCAACUCCUCUAACCUGGCUGCUAGCUUCACUGUGUCUCUACUGGAUACCAAGAGGAACAAUACUGGGGCCACACUGAGCCUGCAGGUUUCCUACAUCCCUCCCCCAGGAAUGACUCCUUUCUUCCAGCCUCCUCCUCAGCCAGAGGCCCGGGAGAAACCUGUGGAGCUGGACACUGUCACAGUCUUCUCAUUGGACACCAUGGGUGAGGAGGACACAGAGAGCAUGUUGAUGAUGGAGCAGACAGAUGACCCAGACACCGGGAGUCACCAGGGACCCCAUCAGGGGGGCCAGGGCGGCCAAGAGACCCCCACAGCCCAGACCCCUAAACGGGCCCCCCCUAACUACACCCCUGGAGUGAAGAGAAAGAAGAGGCAGCAGGGUAACAAGGCACCGCUCCCAAACAAACCACAGGACCUGCAGGUGCGCGUUCGAGUCAUCGAAGGCCGCCAGUUGCCGGGCAUCAACAUCAAACCGGUCGUCAAGGUUACUGUUGGUGGGCAGUCCAAGAGGACUCGCAUCAGGAAAGGAAACAACCCAGUGUUUGAUGAGACUUUCUUUCUGAACUUCUUUGAGAGUCCCUCAGAUCUCUUCGAUGAGCCCAUCUUCAUUACUGUCUUUAACUCCAUGUCGUUGCGAACUGACUCGGUGAUAGGAGAAUUCAAGCUUGAUGUUGGCACUGUCUACAACGAGAGCAGACACGCCUUCUUGAGGAAGUGGCUCCUCCUCUCUGACCCUGACGACCUCUCGGCCGGGGCCAAAGGUUACCUGAAGGUCAGCCUCUUCGUAUUGGCUGCAGGCGACGAAGCUCCAGUGGAUAAGAAGGAGGGAGUGGUGGAUAAGGAGGAUAUAGAGGGGAACCUGUUGCGUCCUGCUGGACUCACACUCAGAGGAGCCAUCUUCACACUCAAAGUAUUCAGAGCUGAGGACCUGCCUCAGAUGGACGAUGCCUUUAUGGAUGGGAUGAGACAGGUCCUGGGAUUCGACAGCAACAGGAAGAACCUGGUCGACCCCUUAGUUGAAGUCAACUUCGCUGGAAAAACGAUGUGCAGUAAGAUCAUGGAGAAGAAUGCCAACCCUCAGUGGAAUCAAAGCCUGGCCAUGCCCAUACGGUUCCCCUCCAUGUGUGAAAAGAUGAGGGUUCGUGUCCUGGACUGGGACCGAGCCAGCCACAAUGAUGUCAUCGGGACCGCCCAUCUCUGCAUGUCUAAGAUCUCUGCCCCGGGAGGAGCGAUAGAUGAUGAAUUGGUCCCAAGGAACCUUCAGAGUUUCAUGGAUGACAGUCUGGGUUUCCUGCCGACCUUUGGCCCCUGCUACGUCAACCUGUACGGAAGCCUCAGGGAGUUCACCGCCUUCAACGACCCCCACGAGGCUCUCAACUUGGGCAAGGGUGAGGGAGUAGCGUAUCGUGGUCGUGUUCUGAUGGAGCUCAGUACCAAGCUGGUGGACACGGUGCAGGCGAGUGUAGAAGACAUAACCAACGAUGACCUAUUGGUGGUACAGAAAUUCAUGCGUAAGAGAAAGUAUUCUCUCUUUGCGUCGUUCUACUCCGCCACGCUCCUCCAGGACGUUGACGACGCGAUACAGUUUGAGGUCAGCAUCGGUAACUACGGCAACAAGUUUGACUAUACCUGUCUUCCUCUGGCCUCAACGACCCAGUUCAGCCGAGCUGUGUUCGACGGUUGUCACUACUACUACCUGCCGUGGGGUAACGUGAAACCAGUGGUGGUCCUGUCUUCAGAGUGGGAGGACGUCAGGCCACGAAUAGAAGCACUCAACAUGAUACUGGCUAUGGUCGACCGACUCGAAUCUAACCUAAAGGAAGUCCAGUUGGAACUGAAGUCAGGAAGUGACCUGGAGGAUGUUGAGCUAAAAGUGGUCAAUCUAUUGGAUCAGGUCAUCGCUGAUUGCAGGGUGGAGCUACCGUUGUUAGACGACUGGUCUUGUGUAACUCAGUUAGACCGUGCCCUCAGACACCUGAGACUGAAUAACCUACAGCAGAUAGAAGAGGCUGCCACAGCUCUGAAACAUGGACCAGCUACUGACCUGUCUACAGUACUGGACCAAGCUGAGGACUGGGCACUCAGGCUACACACCAUGGCUGAGGAGCCCCAGAACAGUCUACCAGGCAGGUUAGUGGGUGAUCUGGAUGCUCACCUGGCUGAGGAGGUUAGUGGGUAGAGUGUCUGACCUCGUAUCCCAUGCACACACUGUCCUCUACUCUCACAAAGACACUGUGGCAAGCACUGUGGGGAGCUACAGACCGUCUUUCUGAAGUACCCCCAAGGUGGAUCAGGAGACAGUAAGCUUCCGGCUCAGAUCAGAGUCAAGGUCUGGUUCGGUCUGGCUGCGGACGUAAAACACUUCAAUCAAUUUGCCGAAGGCAAACUGUCUGUGUUCGCUGAAACGUAUGAGAACCAGACUAAGCUGGCUCUGGUGGGUAGCUGGGGAACCACAGGACUGACAUACCCCAGGUUCAGUGAUGUUACAGGCAGGGUGAAGUUACCCAAGGAGUCCUUCAAACCCUCACCGGGCUGGAGCUGGGCUGGGGAGUGGGUCAUCAGCCCAGAGAAGACGAUGCUGUAUGAUACAGACGCAGGUCACAUGUCCUUCACAGAGGAGGUGUUUGAGAACCAGAUGAGGUUACCGGGGGGACAGUGGAUCGGCAUGCCAGAAGGAUACACAGAUGUGAACGGGGAGAAGGCGGUGCCUAAGGACGAGGUCGAGUGUCCUCCGGGGUGGGUGUGGUCUGAUGAAGAGUGGAGCGAAGAUCUGAACCGGGCUGUGGACGACCAAGGUUGGGAGUACGGCCUGACUAUUCCCCCAGAUCGGAGGCCCAAGGCCUGGGUACCAGCCGAGAAGAUGUACCAUACCAACCGCCGUCGCCGUUGGAUACGCCUCAGACGCAGAGAUAUGCAGAAGAUGGAGGCUCUGAAGAAGCAGCGACCAGAUGAAGCAGAGAGAGAGGGAUGGGAGUACGCAUCUCUGUUUGGAUGGAGGUUCCAUCUUAAACCCCGGAAGACAGACUCAUUCAGGAGGAGGAGAUGGCGAUGUCGUAUGGAACCACUGGAGAAGACGGGACCUGCUGCUAUCUUCGCCCUGGAGUGUUCACUGGGGAGUGUGACGGAGGAUAAGAGUGAUGAGAAAUCUGUGACGGCGACCUUUGGGGUCAACCGCCCUACCAUUUCCUGCCUCUUCCACAGUGGGACUCGCUACCACCUGCGCUGUUACCUGUACCAAGCCAGAGAGCUGCUAGCCAUGGACAAAGACAGCUUCUCAGAUUCCUAUGCCAUAGUUUCGUUCCUCCAUCAGAGCCAGAAGACUGUGACUGUGCGUAACACGUUGAACCCCACCUGGGACCAGACACUCAUCUUCUAUGAGGUGGAGGUGUUUGGAGAUGCUGAUGUGACAGAGAGAAGCCCUCCUAACAUCGUGGUGGAGCUGUACGAUCAGGAUACAUAUGGGGCAGAUGAGUUUAUGGGUCGCUGUGUGUGUCAGCCCUCCACGACCCCCUCCCCUCGUCUGGCCUGGUAUCCAAUCAGGAUGGGAGACAGGAGCGCAGGAGAACUACUGGCUGCCUUCGAACUCAUACGACGAGAGAAGCCCGCUGUUCAUCACAUCCCUGGACAGGAGGUUAGGAGACAUCCCCCUCACAUUAUGGAUGAGGUCUUUCUCACUGGAUUCCUCUCAGAAAACCAGCAAUGGCCCAAGGAUUCCGACCUCCCGAACCCGCCCCCUCAGAGAGAACCCAACGUCUACAUGGUUCCUCAGGGGAUCAAACCUGUUCUACAACGUACUGCUGUAGAGAUCUUGGCAUGGGGAGUGCGUAACCUGAAGAACUUCCAGCUAGCUAGCGUUACCUCUCCCAGCCUGCAGGUGGAGUGUGGAGGCAUCAUGGUUCAGUCCUGCGUCAUACGAUCUACAAAGAAGAAACCCAACUUCGACAUCAACACACUCUUCAUAGACGUGAGACUGCCCUGUGAGGAGCUUUAUAUGCCACCUAUCAUUCUGAAGAUCAUCGACAACAGACAGUUUGGGAGGAAACCGGUGGUGGGACAGUGUACAAUCAGGAACCUGGAGGACUAUCGCUGUACCCCUGAGGAAGAGGGGGAGGAGGAAGAGGACGAGCCUGAGGAGGUUGUCCAGACGCCUCGUGACGAUGUUCUGAUCGACAUCGAUGACAAGGAACCCCUCAUCACCUCACAGGAGGAGGAAGUGAUGGACUGGUGGUCUAAGUUCUAUGCUUCGACCGGAGAGACGAACAAGUGUGGAAACUACCUGGAGAAGGGAUGUGACAAACUACAGGUGUAUGAUAGGCCACUGGAGAAGAUAGAGGGAUUUGAGAGGCUGUCAGACUUCUGCCAGACCUUCAAGCUGUACCGUGGGAGGAACCAGGACGAAGGAGAGGACCCUUCUAUAGUCGGAGAGUUCAAGGGUAUGUUCAAGAUCUAUUCUCUCCCAGAGGACCCCUCGACCUCAGCACCUCCCCGACAGUUCCGUCAGCUACCCUCCAACAGCAUAGAGGAGUGUCUGGUCAGAGUCUACAUCAUACAAGCCACCGGACUUCAACCUAAAGACUCUAACGGAAAGUGUGAUCCGUACGUGAAAAUCAGUCUGGGCAACAAGUCCAUCAACGACCAUGACAACUACCUACCUUGCACCCUGGACCCUGUGUUUGGAAAGCUGUUUGAGCUGUCCUGCUCCCUGCCUGUGGAGAAGGACCUAAGGAUCCAGUUGUAUGAUUAUGACAUGUUGACUAAAGACGAGAAGAUCGGAGAGACCGUUAUUGAUCUGGAGAACAGAUUCCUGUCCCGCUACGGAGCGUGCUGUGGCUUACCCCAGUCCUACUGCCUAUCUGGUGUGAACCGGUGGAGAGACCAGUUGAAACCAUCUCAGCUCCUAGUCAGACUAUGUGAGAGGAGGUACUACAGGAGACCUGUCUAUAAACAGGACAGAGUCUUCUUCAGAGGACGUGAAUACACUGCUGCUGACUUGGACGAUGCAAAGCCCCCCAACCCUCAUCUGGGGCCCUUAGUGGAACGUUUGUCCCUACUGAUCCUGCGGAGACAGGGGCUGGUUCCUGAACAUGUGGAAACACGAGCCCUCCUUAGUCCUCUUCAGCCUGACAUGGAACAGGGGAGACUGCAGUUGUGGGUGGAUGUCUUCCCCAAGUCCCAGGGUCCUCCUGGACCUCCCUUCAACAUCACACCACGCAAGGCCAAGAAGUUCUACCUGCGUUGCAUCAUAUGGAACACAAGUGAUGUCAUCUUGGAUGAUGUCAGCCUGACCGGGGAGAAGAUGAGUGACAUCUACAUCAAGGGGUGGCUCCACGGCCACGAAGACCAUAAACAGAAGACAGACGUCCACUAUCGCUCUCUAGGAGGAGAGGGAAACUUCAACUGGAGGUUCCUGUUCCCCUUCCACUACCUACCAGCCGAACAACUCUGUACCAUCGAUAGGAAGGAACACUUCUGGAGUCUGGAUAAGAACGAGAUGAAGGUUCCUCCUAAAAUCACCAUUCAGAUCUGGGACAACGACAAGUUCUCUUUUGAUGACUAUCUCGGUUGUCUAGAGAUGGAUCUUCAUCACAUGCAGCGACCAGCCAAAUCCCCAGAGAAGUGUACCUUAGACAUACUGUCACAGGGACAGGAUAAACUGGUGUCGCUGUUCCAACAGAAGACGGUCAAGGGCUGGUGGCCGUGUGUGUGUGACAGCAACGGCGAGAAGAUUAUCGCUGGUAAAGUGGAGAUGUCUCUAGAGAUAGUUUCAGAACAGGAACAGGAUGAGAGACCAGCAGGACAGGGCAGAGAUGAACCAAACAUGAACCCUCACCUGGAGGAUCCACAACGUCCUGAGACAUCGUUCCUGUGGUUCUCCUCUCCCUACAAGACGUUGAAGUACAUCCUGUGGGGGAGAUACAAAUUCCUCAUCCUCCUCUUCAUCCUCCUCUUCUUCCUCUUCCUCUUCAUCGGAGUCUUCCUCUACUCCUUCCCUAACUAUGCAGCCAUGAAGAUGGUCGGACCGUUCAGUGGACCUGCUAAAGGAACUAAAUGAACAACUAGCUAAAUAAAAA